AUGAAUCCCUGCAAUCUUCAACGGAACGCUGCCGUUUCUGCUUGUGAGGAGAUUAGAGGGUUGAUCUCAACCUCUGAUGGCGGCCCUGUGGUUUUCCCUAAGCCCAGACUUAAUAGGGUUCUUGCCAACAAUCCCGUCAUGCCCUUGAGAUUGCAUAUGAGGGUUUAUGAUUCAGUUGAGUUAUGUGUUAUUGAUUGCAGUCAUCAAGCUGAGGUAAAUGAUUUAAAAGCUGGUGCAGAGCUUCUAGAUAUCAUCCUCAAGAAGCAGGAUAUGGAGACGGAACAAUCUGCGCCAGAGGUAGCAUCAUCACCCCCGUUUUUAUGUGGUUCACCUCCAAGUAGGGCUGAGAACCAAUGCACGAUGCUCGAUUUGGUGAUGAAAAACUUGCAUCAUUGCAAGUUCCAUCGUCAUCGGCACACAAAGUAG